AUGUUUCUUUCAAGAUCAAUUCUUUUUGGGGUUGUCUUUUCAGCUUGUCUUCUUCUCUUUCCAGCCAAUGCUAUUAGAUCUUUUGCCAACAAGAUCACACACAAGGGCUAUGAAAAUGAGGUUAAAGUUGAUUCCUUUAUGCAAUUCAGAGAGGCCCCAGAAUACAGAAAUCAACAAAGGUGCACUGUAAUUGACACAAACAAUGUGCAAUUGGUAUGUGACCCAUCACUUGUUCAUAUUGCCAUGACCAUUGACUGGGACUACUUAAGAGGAUCUAUAGCUGCAGUCCAUUCUGUUCUUAAACACACUUCUUGUCCUCAGAAUCUGUUCUUUCAUUUCAUUGCAUCAGAUGCAAGAUUGGAGAGCAAGGAUGAUUUUGCAAGGAUUGUUAAGUCCUCAUUUCCUUGCCUCAGAUUCAAAGUUUAUAUGUUCAGGGAAAGUCUAGUUGAUAAUCUCAUAUCUCCUUCAAUACGGCAAGCACUUCAGAAUCCAUUGAACUAUGCAAGAACUUACCUGGCUGAAUUGCUUGAGAACUGUGUUGAAAGGGUUAUAUAUUUGGAUUCUGAUGUUAUAGUUGUUGAUGAUAUUCAAGAGCUAUGGAAGGUUUCACUGACUGGGUCAAGAGUCAUUGGUGCUCCAGAAUAUUGUCAUGCAAACUUCACCAGAUAUUUUUCCUAUGAAUUUUGGUCAAGUUCUGAGUUUUCUGAGAACUUUGCAGGGGAAAAAAGGCCUUGUUAUUUCAACACUGGGGUGAUGGUGAUGGACUUGGUAAGGUGGAGAGAGGGUGAUUACACAAGGAAGAUUGAGAAAUGGAUGGAAAUUCAGAAGGAAAGAAGGAUUUAUAAGUUGGGUUCCCUUCCUCCUUUCUUGAUGGUUUUUGGUGGAGAUGUUGAGGCUAUUGAACAUAGAUGGAAUCAACAUGGGCUUGGAGGGGAUAAUGUUGCUAAUAGUUGCAGGACUUUGCAUCCUGGUCCUGUUAGUUUGUUGCAUUGGAGUGGUAAAGGGAAGCCAUGGACAAGGCUUGAUGCUAGAAAGCCUUGUUCAGUUGACUAUCUAUGGGUACCUUAUGAUCUCUACAUUCCCCAUGAUCAUACAAAUCAUAACCACCACCAUCACCACCAGAGAACUGCUAGGGGAACAACAGAUUCAUCACUAUAGCAAAUUACA